AUGGGCAAUUUGAUUGGUCGUCACUUCGUUGAGACGAAUCUAACGUCAAACGUCGUCAAAAUCGCAAGUGGAGAAAUCGUUGGCAAGAAAUUUGACGUUGGAGAUGGUCGAUUUGUGGAUGCUUUCUUGGGCAUACCAUUUGCAAAAGCACCCGUUGGAGAGCUGCGCUAUCAGAAACCACAAGCACCGGACAGUUGGGAUAAUAUACGAGAGUGUAAGAAACAUGGGCCAAGGGCACCACAAAAAACCCUCGUCCUUGAGAAGCUUUCAAUGCGCAUUCCAAGCAACGAAGAUUGCUUAUACUUGAACGUUUUUGCACCAGAACCACUCACAGGUGAUGGGAGAGCCGUGAUGGUAUUCGUUCAUGGAGGAGGUUUCGCUAUGCAUACGUCGGCAAAUUACGGUGAUUUUGGCGAUGAGAAUUGCAUACCGAAUCUCGGCCUAUGGGAUCAAACAUUUGCGCUCCAUUGGGUCAAAGAUAAUAUUCGAGCUUUCGGCGGCAAUCCGGACAAUAUGACUGUUUUUGGCCAAAGCGCUGGUGCAGCUUCAGUAGAUAUGUUAUGUGUUUCACCACAUAGUCGAGAUUUAUUCAACAAAGUGGUUGCGAUGAGUGGGAGUGCAUACUGCGAAUGGGCUACAAAUACUGCCGAUAACAUAGUGGGUGAAGCAAUGAAGCGUGCGAAAGCACAUGGAUGGUCGCCGCCUAAGAAUGGAAGCGACGAGGAAAUAAAGCGAAGUCUCAUGGAAUUUUUGAAGAAAGAGCCAUGUGAACAUUUGAGUUUGGGCAUUAUACCAGCUCGUAAGAAGCUAUCCAGACAAGGCGGUUUGAUAUUUGUACCCAUCAUUGAUGGCGACUUUCUGCCCGAACCAAUCGCUGAACUCAGAAAGAAAAUACCAAAGAAGUUGUGCAUGACUGGCACCACUGAGUUGGAGGGACUUUUGUUUACUGCUCUGGGUGGACCACAAUUCAAGCUGGGACGUUUGAAGCAGCUUAUUCCCGACAGAAUAACGCAGCACCAUUUUGCCGACUAUGAGCAAUUGAGAAAAGAGGCACUAUCGUUAUAUAUGAAAAAUGGCGAUUCCAAGAAACAGUCUAGUUAUGGAUAUGUUAAGUUAUUGAGUGACCUGUAUAUAACGAACGCUGUCCACGAUUUUGCCGAGGAUAUGAACGCGGCCGGUCACACAGUUUAUUUAUACAGUUUUGAGCACUGCAACAGCAACGAUUUCGGCCUUGUCAAGUGCCUGUUUCCUUUUAAAGCUUCAACUCAUGCUACUGAACUGCCGUAUUUAUUCGCACAUGGCCUCAUCGCACCUUUCAAGCCGAAUGAAGCCGACAAAAAAGUUGUGGAAAAUUUCACAACGCUUUUCACGAAUUUUGCAAAAUACGGCGAUCCGAAUGGAGUGGAUGGUAAAAAAUUAUGGGAACCAUUGAGCGAGAACGACACCUACAAAUAUCUUUGUAUUAAGGAGACGAUGACAAUGAAGAAUAACUACGAGGAAAGGAGGGCGACAUUCUGGCGAAAUCUGAAGAAUCGACAGGAAAAUUCAACGGAUGUCUUAUAUUGA